CCCGCGUUGUCGUCGUCGCCCUCUCUUCCUCCUCCUCCUCCUCUUCCUCGUCGGCGGCGCUUCCCAGCCGCACCGAGAUGGCGGACCCAGCCGAAUGCAGCAUCAAAGUGAUGUGCCGGUUCCGGCCCCUCAACGAAGCGGAGAUCCUCCGCGGGGACAAAUUCAUCCCCAAAUUCAAGGGCGAGGACACGGUCGUGGUUGGGCAAGGGAAACCCUAUGUCUUUGAUAGAGUGUUACCUCCCAAUACAACCCAGGAACAAGUCUAUAAUGCUUGCGCCAAGCAGAUUGUUAAAGAUGUCCUUGAGGGCUACAAUGGUACAAUUUUUGCUUAUGGUCAAACCUCUUCAGGAAAAACACAUACCAUGGAGGGAAAGUUACAUGACCCACAGCUAAUGGGUAUAAUUCCAAGAAUCGCACAUGACAUCUUUGAUCACAUCUAUUCCAUGGAUGAAAACCUAGAAUUUCACAUAAAGGUCUCCUACUUCGAGAUUUACUUGGACAAAAUUAGGGACUUGUUGGAUGUUUCGAAGACAAAUCUUGCAGUACAUGAAGACAAGAACAGAGUUCCAUAUGUCAAGGGCUGUACAGAGAGGUUUGUUUCUAGUCCUGAAGAAGUUAUGGAUGUCAUUGAUGAAGGAAAAACAAACCGCCAUGUAGCUGUUACAAACAUGAACGAACACAGUUCUAGAAGUCACAGUAUCUUCUUAAUUAAUAUCAAACAAGAGAAUGUUGAAACUGAAAAAAAACUGAGUGGCAAACUGUAUCUUGUGGAUUUAGCUGGGAGUGAAAAGGUCAGCAAAACUGGGGCAGAAGGCUCUGUGCUUGAUGAAGCAAAAAAUAUUAAUAAAUCGUUGUCUGCUUUGGGCAAUGUGAUCUCAGCACUGGCGGAAGGAACUAAAACACAUGUUCCAUAUCGAGACAGCAAAAUGACCCGAAUUCUUCAGGACUCAUUAGGCGGGAAUUGUAGGACCACCAUUGUCAUCUGCUGCUCCCCAUCCAUCUUCAACGAAGCAGAAACCAAGUCUACACUAAUGUUUGGACAAAGAGCCAAGACCAUUAAGAAUACAGUCUCUGUGAAUCUUGAGCUGACUGCUGAAGAAUGGAAGAAAAAAUACGAGAAGGAGAAGGAAAAAAACAAGACACUAAAGAAUGUUAUACAGCAUCUGGAGAUGGAACUGAACAGAUGGAGAAAUGGAGAGGCAGUUCCUGAGGAAGAACAGAUCAGCGCUAAGGACCAAAAGAAUUUGGAGCCAUGUGACAACACACCCAUCAUUGACAAUAUUGCACCUGUUGCUGCCAGUAUCUCAACAGAGGAAAAACGGAAAUACGAGGAAGAGAUCACUAGCCUCUACAGACAAUUGGAUGAUAAGGAUGAUGAAAUUAAUCAACAGAGUCAAUUGGCUGAAAAACUAAAGCAGCAGAUGUUGGAUCAAGAUGAGCUCUUGGCCUCCACUAGAAGAGAUUAUGAGAAGAUCCAAGAAGAACUUACUCGGCUUCAGAUCGAAAACGAGGCUGCCAAAGAAGAGGUGAAAGAAGUCCUUCAGGCUCUGGAAGAAUUAGCAGUUAACUAUGACCAGAAGUCACAAGAAGUAGAAGACAAGAUGAGAGCUAAUGAACAGUUGGCUGAGGAGCUUGCACAGAAAACAUCUGCCCUGAUAACUACACAGAGAGAGUUGGGGCAACUGCAGGAACUUAGUAACCACCAGAAGAAGAGAGCCACUGAAAUCUUGAAUUUACUGCUUAAAGACCUGGGAGAGAUUGGAGGAAUCAUUGGCACAAAUGAUGUUAAAACGUUGGCAGAUGUGAAUGGAGUGAUUGAAGAGGAGUUCACCAUGGCACGGCUAUACAUCAGUAAGAUGAAGUCGGAGGUGAAGUCUCUGGUGAACCGCAGCAAGCAGCUGGAGAGUGCUCAGAUUGACUCCAAUAGGAAAAUGAAUGCCAGUGAGAGGGAACUUGCUGCUUGUCAGCUCCUCAUUUCACAGCAUGAAGCCAAGAUCAAGUCUCUUACAGACUACAUGCAGAACAUGGAGCAGAAGCGAAGGCAACUGGAAGAGUCACAGGAUUCGCUUAACGAAGAGCUGGCUAAACUGCGUGCUCAAGAAAAAAUGCAUGAAGUCAGUUUCAAAGAUAAGGAGAAGGAACAUUUGACAAUGCUGCAGGAUGCAGAGGAAAUGAAGAAGACACUGGAGCAGCAGAUGGAAAGUCACAGGGAAGCCCACCAGAAACAGCUGUCUAGGCUGCGGGAUGAGAUUGAGGAGAAACAGAAAAUCAUUGAUGAGAUCAGAGACAUGAAUCAAAAGCAGCAACUGGAACAAGAAAAGCUGAGUUCUGAUUAUGAAAAAUUAAAAAUAGAAGACCAAGAAAGGGAGAAGAAGCUGGAAAAGCUCAUAUUGCUUAAUGAUAAACGGGAACAGGCAAGAGAAGAUUUGAAGGGACUGGAAGAAACAGUGGCUAGAGAGCUUCAGACCCUCCAUAAUUUACGCAAACUCUUUGUCCAAGACCUCACCACCAGAGUGAAAAAAAGUGUGGAGCUGGACAGUGAUGAUGGAGGUGGGAGUGCUGCUCAGAAGCAGAAGAUUUCCUUUCUGGAAAACAAUCUGGAACAACUUACGAAGGUUCACAAACAGCUGGUACGUGAUAAUGCAGAUCUUCGUUGUGAGCUUCCUAAGCUGGAAAAACGACUUCGAGCUACAGCAGAGAGAGUUAAGGCCUUGGAGAGUGCACUGAAGGAAGCCAAGGAGAAUGCCAUGCGAGACCGGAAGCGGUACCAGCAAGAGGUCGAUCGCAUUAAAGAGGCAGUGAGAGCCAAGAACAUGGCAAGGAGAGCACACUCUGCUCAGAUUGCCAAGCCUAUACGCCCUGGCCAUUAUCCAGCAUCUUCUCCAACAGCCAUCCAUGCCAUUCGAGGAGGGGGAGGGUAUUACCACAACAUGAAAUGAACACCAGGUGAACUCAUGGGUAAUCUGUUGUUCUCAAUACAGAUCAGGUUCCAUUUUGCACAUGAAAAGCUGUCAUCAGCUCCCUAAUUCUUUUCCUCUUGGAUUGGAUCUGUACUUCUGUUCAUUGUAUGCAUUCUGUUGCCAUCUGCAGUGCACUGGUUUCAUCAUUUUUCAGCUUUGUAGAAUCUCCCUCUGUACAGAAGUGUGCCCACACCAACUUUUCAUCUAAAACCGUGUACAGUGUAUCUAACACAUGCGCCGAGGCUUAACCAUAGGGAUCUGCUGCUCAAUCUCUAUCACUUGACUGACACUGCUGUGUCCAUUAUGCUGGAGCUUUUAUACUGGCACAGAUGCUCUUUUAUUGGUUUUGCUUUAAGUACUCCAGUGAAUCAGUAGAAUUCUGGCAUCGAAGAAGGCAUUCAACAACCAAGUGCCAUCAAAAGCAGUUGAUUGUGUUUCAUCACAACUUCCUGAUUUCCUGUAUAAUAUGCAUAUUGUUUUAUAUUUUUAGAGGACAACAGUGUGCAGCUGGGUGGUUAAAAAAAGAGAAAACCUUCCUUGCUUUCAAAAAAUAAAAUUCCUUGAAGAUGAGUUUUUAAUAUGUUGGGGAAAUCUUUCAAUUUGUAUUUAAAAUAGUUGAAAAUUCAGAAUCAUUAGUAUACAUAUUUGGUGGAGUUCAACCUCUAGGGAUGUAGAGGAAGGUACUGCUAGUGUAGCUCUAGAGCUUAGAAGUUCGGUGGUUGCAUGGGUGCAUCACAAUUGCAAAGUUUAUUCUUUGAUCAUUUGCUUGGAAAAGGAUCUCCAACCACUAUGACCAGUGUAGUCCAAAUAAUAAUAAUAAUAAUAACUUUUCCAACCUGUGAAUGCUCUGUGGUAAGGCUUACAUCUCUGACAUUCAUGUAGAGCCAUGGUUCUUAUUAAAAUGACAUUGAAAAAUACAUUUAAUUUCAAGAGCAGCUACCUGUUUCCUUCCCUACCCAAUUUCUAUAUGGUUUUAAGAGACUCUCUUAGAAGUUGGAAAGAUGAGAUAGAAAUCUGCUGGAAUAAAGUAAAAUGUUAUCCAGGAUGUUGAGCUGAAAUUAUGCGUGCUUCAUGUGCAGUGCAAAAUAAACUUGGAUGGAAAGUACCUUUUGGUUUUCAGUGAGAUAAAGGUACAUUUAUAACAGUAUAUGCUAGAGCUGAACAAUAUGCAAGUCUGUCCCAGGAUAGUAUAGUUUUAGCUCACUUAAUUAAUAGACACACAGUUAGGCUGCUUUUGGAUUCUUUCCUAAUGACGGACAAUGGAAUUUAUUUUUAGUGGGAUACAACCUAGUAACAGAAAAUAUAGGUAGACAGACGGGUGUAAAAUCUGUAGUUUAAUAUGUCUUUUCUGCUUCUUUCAUGUGUUACAUAUAUACAUUUACAAUUAUGUACAUUAAAAAGUAUCAUCUGGAAAGAAUAUGAGUUUCAAAAUGACUAAAUUGGUGUUUAUAUUCAUUCAGUCCUAUCAACUACUGUGGCUAUGUAUUUUUCUUCAAUUAAUUGUAGUUCUGGGGCUUCUGAAUGUGUUUGGCUGAUAGACAUUUCAAAACCUAAUCUGCUCUAAAGCCUUUUGGAAGUUUGUGAAUUUACUUUAGUCAUUUCAUUCUGAUACUGCUUAGAAGCUCUGGGCAGUAAUAAAGAAGAUUGGGCUUUGUUUAAUUUAUUAAGGGUUGCACUAUUUGCGGGGGGAAUGGGAGAAACUUUUGUUAUGUAUUUAAUGAAAAUUUGCAAAUGCUGCAUUUGUUUAACUUAUUUUGUUAACUUUUUAGAUCUUGUUUUUUUUCUUAAUACACAUGUAUAUUGUACUGCCAGCAAAUUGAAAUGUGAAUUUGCCACAUUCAAUCCCUAUACCUGUGAUUAAUGUGGCCAGUCUUUUACAUACAUAGUUGAACUGUGCGUUAGAAGGGGUGAAAAUAUACCAGAAAGCCACUUGUUAUUUCUGUUCCUAAAACAAUGGUCUUAACUGCCAGUGUAUAUGCCAUAAUAACUAGAUUGUGUCUAGUUGAUAUUUUCCAUGUGGCCAUGUUCCAAAUUGAAGCCAUAACAUUUACAGUGAUUUAGCACAUGAACUUUCUGCUUUCCAUGGAACAUUGUUCAAGAAACUCAACGCCAUUGGAGCGAUCCAUACAGAAAAACUGUUUAAAUACAACAUAUAGCAGCUAAGCUACACAGGGGCCAUGUCACAUAACCUCCAUGUCAGGGAGUAUGGUAUCUAGAUGAGCAGAUGGGGAGCAUUCACUCAAGUCAUGAUGUAUUAAUUUUCUCAUGGUCUAGCUGAGCUACUGUUAAGUACUUUACCACCACCUCAUGUGUAUGUUUCAUGUACUUUUAAAUAGAAGUUCAUUAAAAUGAAUGCAACCCAUUAAAUAUCAUACUUCGUGCAGGGUACAAGUGCAGGGAUUUAUCCUAGUGUUACUAUAGUUACUAAAUUGGAUGCUUCAAGAAAGACUGUGCCUAUUGUAAGUUUUAUGGAAAAAUCAGCUUUAAUGCCUUGGUAAGGACAAUCAGUAUUCCUGAUUUCUCUUUGAAGCAGCUAGUUGCUGAUCAGCCAGUCAGUUCAUCUAGCUUGAGUUCCUUGGCUGAGGCUUUAGGACUGACUUUUCCGUUUUGGUUCAAAAAUGGCAGUUUUUUUACUUUGAAAAGCUGGAAAGGUAUGCUAUAUUGCAGGAAGACCUGAAAGCUGGAUUUUUAGAAUGGUUUCUCCCAUUUGCAUCACGGUAAAUGUUAUUUUGCUGCUAGAGUUACUUGGUUAUAUAAGAACUGUGGAUCUAAUUUCCUUAAGAGCACUGUUUUAGCUUACCUCUGGAGUACUAUUUUUAUUGUUUUUCAUACAUUUAAACUGAAAUGUUAUCUCAGUUUUAGUUAAUUCAUACUGUCCUUUUGAGCCUUUCCCCAUUGUUAAUACAUUCAAUAUAGUUUAUUUUGACUUAACCAAUAGAAACAGUCUUGCAUCUGUAACUUGAUGUGCUAGUUGACAUGCUAGAAUUACAGUGUGAGAUGUCUUUGUUUCUCUACCUGAUUUCAGUUGUUCCUUCUUACUUGCCAAAUUUGUCAUUCUCGUAAUCAUUUUCAGGUGCAUUUUUACUUAAUAUUAUAAUUUUGCGACUGAGACAAAUGGAAAAAUCAAAACUAUGUUUGCUAAAGGUGUGUUUUGUCAUGCAAAGGCGAGAAUGGAUUGUUCUGAAUAUAUAAACUGAAAUAAUUUAAGUACUUAAAUUAUAGGAGUAUCUAAAAGCUGAUUGGCUUUGGAAACAUUUUCAGUAUAUAUACUGUACAUUGUUGAAUGGGGGAGGGGAACAACUUGAAAAUGUAAAAUUCUUGGAAAUCUAUUUCAGAAUUGAUCUCUAAAUGGAGAAAAAUCCCCAAACCUUAUCGUUUACAUUUCAUAUGGCAAAUGGCUAGACCUAAAUCUUAAAGAGAUGCCACCACAAGAUCGGCUUUCAUUAUUUAUUUAUUUAUUUAUUCAAUUUAUAUGCCACCCACACUAUCCAGAGGUUACUGAGCUUCUUUAGUGAGCUCCCCUUGCUAGCUGAGCUGAAGCAGAGAUUCUUCAGCAAGGGCAAGGUGGAUUUGGCCCUAUCCAUACUCUUUUAGGCAGUAGGAUACAGAGAAGUCUAUAAAAAGUCCGAAGUAACCGUUCCCAUCAGAAUUGUAAAAUGAUGGGGCCUGCAGGAUGAUGUUCUCGCCUUUGUGCUGAUAAUUAGGUUUUAUUUAAUGCAUUUAAUGAAGCUUAGAAACACACUCGAUUAAUGUCUGUCUUAAACACCACUUACACUAUACUACUUCCAAGCUAGCCUCUUACUCCUUAAAUACUUCUGUCUGUCAUUUCUGAAAACUUUUCAUAGUAGAAGAUGUGAGAGAAUAGAGAUUCAGGCAUUCUGUAGAAGUAUAAAUGUCUAGGUGUGUAAAGUGUGUAAUGUGUACUCCAGAUGUGUAUUGUCUGGGAUCUACAUAUCUCUACAGUAGCUUGUUUUAGGGGGGGAAACUGAAAUGUGGAUACUUUUUGGAUGGUUACAACCUUGGGAGAAAUUGUCACUAUUGUAAAAGAUGCUGUGAUAAAUUAAGCUCUGUAAAAGCAAACCUGAACUUCCCCCUCCCAUCCCUAUAGGGUAGGUCUUUUGAUCUGAGUUCUAAAAUACUAUCUAUUAAAAUGUAUGGAUACACUGGCAGACUGCAUGAUGUAUCAUCCAAAAAUUGUUUAAAAUGGAAAUAAAAUUGAAGUAAACUUU